CAUAAACUUAAAGAACAAGAAAAAUGGGCAAAAUUAGCACUUUUUUGCUUUCAUCGUUGUGUUUGGCAUUCAUAACACAAUUGGACGCCAAUGUUAUCCGAGACAAUGAUGCUGAACCGGUACCGAUUGUAUGCUAUUUUGGCGCCUGGGCAUUUUGGCACCCGGUUGACAGGUUUGAUAUCACGGACAUCAAACCGGCCGGACAUCUGUGCACUCAUAUUAACUAUGGUUUCGCUAAACUCAAUGAAACAACUUAUGAGAUCCAAGUGUUUGACGAGACCUAUGAUAUCGAAAAA